ACUGCCAACUGAAAUGCACCCGGGCGCCGCCAGGUCCUAAUGGAAGCGGGACUACACACGCAGGUCAGCCUUCCGGUCGUUCUCAUCAACAGGGAGGGACUGUACGUCAUCAUCGCCGUGCUGGGAGUGUCCAUCCUGGGCUGUGCGUGCGUCCUCACGUACUCCUUCACGAACUACACCAAGCUGAAGAAGAACGCCGAAGAGGUACGCAACUACAUCUCCUCCAAGACCAAGCUGGCGGCUCAGAGUGGUGGCGGCAACAAGCGCCUCGUUGCCAGCACCGGGCCGAAUGGUCAUCCGAGGAACAGAGGCAAGAGCGUGGCCGAUCUCUCGUUGUCCGCAGCCGGAGGCACUGCCGGAAGUACUGCCGGAGGCGGUGGACCUGUGCCCUUGAUGACGAACGAGACGUACGCUAUCGUCGCCAAGCAGAGCUUGGAGUUAGAGGUGAAUCAGAAACAACCGUUUUUUCGUCCAGACCAAACCGCUAGGGUUGUGUCCGCGGCACUUUUGAACCAGAGCACAGUUGUCCACAGUGGUAACGCGGCCACAGCAUCGACUUCUACUCCAAGAUCUCUGGCGCCGGCGGCCUAA